CAUGUAGAGGUUUCCCAUAUUCAAGUGUUUGUUCUUCAACAAACAAAUAUAUUUAUAUGUGAUUGCGAACUUGAAGUAAGACAGUUAAACUUAAUUUCUUGUUAAAAUGAAGUAUGACUACGUUAUCCUGAUUUCGCUGAUUGUGCUCUGGUUCCCCGCUCCCGUUACGCUUCUUGGUGUUUCCCGCAAGCUAGACCUCGAGGAUGUGGAUGCAUUUCUCAAGGGCAAUGAAGAAUUCGACAGUCGUCAAGACAUUUGGUCAUCUCUGCACACGUUCUGUGAUCUUCACUGCGGAAAGAACAACGAAAUCUUGACAGAAGAAUAUGAGUCAGCCAACAUGUCAGCGGCGAACAUCCAAGUUGGCAGUCGGCUUUUCCAGAAACUAUAUCCAAGAGCGUCCUCCAAACGACCAGGUGCGAGAGAUAUACCUUCAGGUUGGGAAGUUUUCGUUAAGUUGGCAGCUACAGCCUGUGACCUCCACAGCAUCCACGCCCUGAAUGAUCAAGAAAUAAAUACUCAGUACCAGAACAAGAAUGAAAACCGCUUUCGACGUCAAGCGUUCGCAGAGAAGCCUACCUAUAAGAGGUUUUUAGGCGACAUAUCAGCCUUCUUGCCGCUGGUACAGUGGAAUAUCCCGUCCAACCGCUUCAUAUGGUUGCCCAGUGAAGAGGAGAAAGAAAAAAUGUAAUUAUAGUUGCAUCACGUGUAAGAAAUCUCUAGUGAAGUUCCAAAGAACAUCUACGAUACUAUUGGGGAUUGGUACUUUUGCCAAUUAAGUGUUGUUUUUAAAAAUACGUCUAUGUGUAAUAUAUUCAUGUUGUAUGAUGAAAUUUAUGUCAGUUCCUUGGUUACUGCUAUAAACAAAUAGAUAAACUGAAC